GUCACGUGUCGCCGCGAGCCUCGUCGCCGCGGCCGCCGAGCGAGGAAGGACCGAGGGCGGAAAUUAAGCGGCGCGGACGCCGCGCGCUUGACUCACGUAGCCGCCCGUCGCGGAAAUCGCGACGGACCGUGGCUCGCGGCGACGUCGGGUGUGCAACAUGUCGCAGGCCGUCGCGAUUCUAUCCGCGAUUCCUAGGUUAUCUUACCACUUGCGCUCGCUGCUGCCGAGUCUGCGUGUCUCGGACGUGACGCCAGGGCAAGCAGAUACGUUGCACAAGCUUAAUGCGGCAGAAAUUUUGGUGGCCGAUUGCGAUUUAUUAAUACCCUACGCGAAUGAAUUGACGUCGGUCAAGUGGGUACAGGCGACGUGGGCCGGCUUGGACAAUUUGGCUCCACUUAUGCAGAACGCGCGAAAGGAUUAUAUACUGACUCGUUUCUCCGACGAGUCAUUCGGCCUGGCCAUGUCCGAAUACCUGAUAGCCCAGAUUGUGAAUUACGAGCGCGAUCAGAGGCAACAGUACGAGAACCAAAGGCUUGCUGCGUGGAAGCAGGAAGGCAAAUUGACGAAUCACAGGCUCAUACGCGAUCUAACCGUAGGUAUCUUGGGAGUAGGAACGAUAGGAAAGUCGGUGGCGGAAAAACUCAAGUUAUUUGGGGCGACUAUCUGGGGACUGACGCGUACCGUUCCGAAGGAGAAGCCGCCGUAUCUCGACGAACACAGAACCGCAGAUGGCUUGCCGGACAUCCUGAAAAAUUGCGAUUACGUGAUUAAUAUUAUGCCCUCGACUCAGGACACAGUGGGGCUCCUAAACGGCAGCGUCUUGGAACACUGCAAGGGCAAGAGUGCAGUUUUCAUUAACGUGGGGCGCGGUUCCGUUAUCAAGGAAACGGACUUGAUAAACGCCCUCGAGCAGAAGUGGAUUUCCGCCGCUAUUCUGGAUGUGUUUGAGAAAGAGCCGCUGCCAAGAGAGAGCAAGCUGUGGGGCCUUCCACAGGUAACCAUCUCACCUCAUAACUCGGCCGUGGUGACUCCGCAAAACGUCGCUAAGCUGUUCGCUGAAAAUUAUGCUAGAUACGUAAACGGAGAGAGCAUGAUAAAUGUAUUUGACUUUAAUAAAGGCUAUUAAAGAGGGGACUUGGUCGAUGCUAUGUUGGGGAACAAGAAGCGUACAUGCAAUAACUAUUUAUUAAUGAAUAUAUACGUACAAAAUAAAGAACAUGGUUUGGACAUCUCGAUUUGCAAAAUUCCUGAUACCAGAAUUUAACCCUUAAAUGCAUCAUGUUGCCAUUCGGCAACAUACCGAUAUCUAGGUGGGUAGCGUUGAAUGUAUGUACGGCAUUGACGAAGCGUACACUGUAGUCGAUUGGCUACAUACCGAUCGUAUGUACAUACCAUUUCAUAUGUUUCUAAUUUCAUGAUGUUGUCAUUCGGCAACACACCCUUUUGUUCUUGAAAAAAUAAAAAAUGAAAAAGUAAAAAUAAGA